AUGCUAACUGGACGCAAUAGCUACAACUGCGGCGGCCGUGAAUGCCAGGAGCCCGCCAAGGAGAAGUCUUGCUACCGCUGCGGACAGACCGGUCACCUUUCCCGUGAAUGCCCCCAGGGUGGCGACAGCAACUACAGCGGCGGUGGUAGUCAAGAAUGCUACAAGUGCGGACAGGUUGGUCACAUCGCGCGUCACUGCUCCCAGGGCGGUAACUACGGCUCCGGAUACGGCGGUGGCUUCGGUGGUGGUUUUGGCGGCCCUGGCGGUCGUCAGCAAACAUGCUACUCGUGCGGUGGUUUCGGCCACAUGGCCCGUGACUGCACCCAGGGACAGAAGUGCUACAACUGUCAGUAUAUGAUAUGUACACCAGGUCGCGCGAGCUUGCUGCUAACUUGUAAACCAGGCGGCGAGGUCGGUCACGUCUCCCGUGACUGCCCUACCGAGGCCAAGGGUGAGCGUAUGUGCUACAAGUGCAAGCAGCCUGGUCACGUCCAGUCUGCCUGCCCCAACUAA